AUGCCAGAGAGCUUACGAUCAUAUAAAUCUCGGAUUCUUAUAGAAGAUACUCAAAAUUCAGGGUUAAUUGUGUUUGGUGUAUUAUUACCAAUUGUGCUUAUUAUUAUAGUGUAAAAUUUACAUAGAGGAUUUUCGUGUUAUUUGAUAAGAAAAUAUUCUUUUUAAAUAAAAAUUACCGGAAUAUCACAUAAAUUACCAAAUUACCAUAUUUAUCAUAAUAAAAAUAUAAAAGAAGAAAAAGCACAAAUAAAGUCAAACCGCACAAAGAGUCAAUAAAUUUAAAUUUGGCUGGAGAUCUCUCAGGUGACGACUCUAAGCGAGAACGAACCGACAUAACCCUUGACCGAACCAUUUCAAGUGCAUUGGAUGGGCAAAGUGAAUCCAAACGAAAAAACAACCCACACCAAGGAGAGUUGCUUACUAUUUCAGUGAAUCGGGCUUCAUCGAAUUCAGACCAAGACGAGUCUCGCAGGAUUUCGCGAGUGACCGAAAUUCAUUACUUGUGUCCACAAGAAGAAGAUUAUAUCAGUCCAACCGAAAGGAUUCCGGACCAUUUUGAUAUUUAUGAGUUCAGAGAUAUCACUGGGGAAGUGUGCAAUGUGUGUAACUCAGUGUAAAAUUUGAUAUAUGCCAAUUUAUAUAAAUAAAAAGCAUUCUUAAUAUAACCCUUCAGCCUAUAAAUCUACGAUUAAAAGUGCUUAUAUCUCUAUAAAAUAAUAGAUUCGAAAAAGGAGAUAUGGGCCUUGCCGGAGAGUGUAGGCACAAAAUUCAUUUAUCGUGCUGAGCAGAGUUCAUACAAAAACAUAGAGAUAAAUCAAUGCUUUGCCCUAUGUAAACGAUAUGUAGAUGCUGUAACAAAAGUUAA